AUGAAUCUUACGUUCCAACCCAUACUGCGACAGCCUCCGCCGCCGGGCGCCACUAACCCAGCCUGGGAUGUGGUUCAGGAGCUUUUGCAACUGAAUCACGACAAAUUCGAUGUCUAUUUCCAGAGUGUUCAUCAAGUUCUGAUGCACAACCACCUCGCCCACCAUGCCUUGACUUUGUAUUCGCUGGGUGCUACCGCCGAAACCAUCCGAUCGCACUUCAAAGGCCAUGAGGGCUACCAAAAAGAUAAGGGGGCAGAAGAUGUCUUUUUUGUGCACACGAUUUCGAACCUCGGGGCUUUCAAGCGCGCUCUCGGCAACCCUGAUCAGUAUCAUAACUUCCUCGAGCUAUUCAGGCUUCGUUUCAAGUGGGAUGGGUACACAGAUGCCUUGAACAGACUCCUCUUUUCAGGAGAUGAGUGGUCGACGGAAAUAUUCUCCAGGAUGGUGACGGGCUACAUUCACCCUCUCAUUCAGACAGGCUUUGGUCUUGAAUUCGAUCUUCCCUUUCUCGUCUGUGAGGGAUUGGCUAUGGCCUGUACACAAAAUGAUGAAGAGGUAGCAACAGCCAUGCUGGAGAUUGAGGAACGCGCCUCUGGCCGAGAAGACCGCCUGAAUCUGGUCGAAAUAUUGGAUGCCUGCGCGGCGGACAAGAAGCUGGUUGACUCUUUGCACCAAGACAUGUUUCAUGUGAUUGACAGUGAAGGACUUCUAGGCACCAGCAAAGUGGACGUCAUCGAGCACGCCAGUCGUUUCACUGUGCUGGAGAGCGAGAUUCAACUCAAGUCUGCAGAACUAUGCAACUCGACGUCCUACCUCAUGGCCGGCGCGCAGCGACUGGGCAAGGAGCCAAGGGCAGACUUCUUUCUUUUACAUACGACAAACUGCUCCAUCCUUGUGGAUUCCAUUGUUCAGAAGGAUUGGAUAGGUCGUCAAGGAAAGGCCCGUCUUCUCUCAUGGUUCGGUCGCUACAGCAUCAUGCUUUACAUAGCCAUGGGAUGCCCCAAGCUAGACUUGAGUGUUGUCCGCACUUACAAGCCGCGGAAAGGACCGGGCGGGUGGGCUGAUGCCAUUGAGCGCGGCUUGAAUUACAAAGACGAUGGUCACGGAUGCAAAAUCAUUCGGGCCCUCAUCCAUGCCCAGGAUGUCAGUCGCCCCUACGAGAAUCGGCCUGAGUUCCGGGUGAAACAGGAUGAUUUCGUGAAAGCGGCUACGGCAGUCGCGGAGAGCUGGUCCCUUGAGGAUCCAGUCGGCCGAGCAGGCCACGACCGAAAAGAAGCAUGGAUCAGAUUCGCGGGGUUUGAUCGUGCGUGGGACGAUGUUCCAUCCUUAGAACCUGGUGAAGGAUGA